AUGAUAUUUGUCGGAGGAGGUGCUCCUCUCUUUCUUAUCUUUUUUGUUUAUGCUGCUGCUGUUCUUAUUGCUGAUCUACUUGUUGCCGGCUUUCUUAUACCUUUAGAAGGCUUCAUUGCCACUGAUCUCUUUGUUCUUAUUCGUUCUAUUAACUCUACUUCAAUUGCUGCUGCAUCUACUCAGCAGCAGCAGCAGCAGCAGCAGCAGCAACAGCAGCAACAGCAGCAGCAGCAGCAACAGCAGCAGCAGCAACAGCAGCAGCUGACGAUGCAAAACUCCGCGCGGCAGUUCGCCAUCCAGAUGCAGCGCUCGCGUCGCACGCAGCAGCUGCAGGUGCAGCAGCUGCAGCAGCAGCUGCAGCACCAGCAGUCUCGCCUCGCGCUGCAGCUGUUGCAGCACCAACAGUCUCAGCUGGCAAUGCAACGGCAGCAGAUGCUGCAGCAGCAGCUAUCUCAGCUGUCGCCGCAACACCAGCCCUCGCUGCAGCUACAGCACUCCCAGGUGGAGCUCGUGCAGCAGCAGCAGCAGCAGCAGCAGCUGCAGCUGCAGGUGCAGCAGUUGCAGGUGCAGCAACAAAAUUCCGAUUCUUUGCCCGCUCCGCCUGAGCAGCAGCGGUCGCAGCAGCAGCUGCAGCAGCAGAGGUCGCAGCAGCAGCAGUUGCAGCAGCAGCGGUCGCAGCAGCAGAUGCAGCAGCAGCUGCAGCAGCAGCGAUCUCAGCAGCAGCUGCAGCAGCAGAAUUCUCAGGCAUUUGUGGAGCAGCCGUUACCUUUGGUGUUCGGAAAUCAGCAGGAGGAGCAGCAGGAAGUGCAGCAGGAGCAACAGCAGCAGCAGCAGCAGCAGCAGCAGCAGCAAGAAAGACAGCAGCAGCAGGAUCAGCAGCAAGAAGAACAACAGAGCAGCGGAGAAGAUGAAGCGAUACAACAAACUUUAUCUUUAGGAGAGAACUGCCUAUACACCCUAACAUCAGAGAGAGAGGGAGGCUUAAGCACAGUUACUGAUGAAGAUUUUUUUCGGUCGUUUUACUCUGAAGCCUGCUCUUUACUUUAUAUAGGGAUGGCUGUUUACUUUGGUUGCUGCGGGACGACAGUAUUAUAUUAUAUUCAGAGACUCAGAGACAUACUGUCUCCUACAGCUCUUCAAGCUAUUCGAGCUGCUGCACCUAUCUCUGCUCUACUAUCCAUCGUUAUAGGCAGAGUGUAA